AGACUCCGCUCAAACUCACCCACGAUGCGGGAAAUAGCCAGCUCGCCCCUGAUGACGUCACCGCGGCAGAAGUUUGUCUGAAGCGCUUUACUAUUCUGAUAAAGGUGACAUGAGGAGACUUUAACAGGUGAACGCAGAAGAUGGUGUUCUGUGUCGACCAGUGACGGACAUGAAUGGGAAAGGCUAUAACCUGUUGGUUUCUCCGUCUGGUACGGCUCAGGUUCCUCACCUGAGGGUCCAGACGGGUCACUCCUGUUCUCCAUCGCUCCAUCCCGAUGCCACAUCUGGAAACCCGGCCCUUCUUCCCGCACUGAGCCUCCGCCGGCAGCUGCUGACCAAUGGGAAGCUGGGCUUUCCGCAGUCCUCACGACAUCAAGCCCCGCCCCUUUCGCUCCCAGCAUCCUCUCCCAAACAGUCAGUUCGACCCAGCUGCCUGGACACUGGUACGAAAGGUUACUUGUCUUUGGGGAUGAACAGAAAAGUGUUUGGGCCGUGUAGCGGUUCAAACCUGCAGGUGACGAGCAAUGGCAUGCUGGUCCGGAGUCUGGGUCCGGUUUCUUCACAGACUUCAGUCCAAAACGGCCCACCUCAUUCACUCGCUGUUCCCUUCACUGACGCCAGUAGGUGUUUGCUGUCCAGAGAAUCCCUGGCCUCGACCACCCUCAGCAUCGCCGAGACGCAAUCGAUUCGCAGCAGUAAGCUGGACUGGCCCUACGGUUACCGUGUUCUGCCUCCUUUAGGGCUAGGGUUUAACCAGACUUCAGAAGCAGCCGAUCCCAAUCUCAUUCCCGGGACCUCCAUGUCCGAAUCCGUCUCCAACCCCACGUUUCUACCGCAUUAUCUCUUCAAGGAGGACGCCAGCAGUCCGCGGCUCUCAGCCCGCUCCAAAAAGCGAGCGCUGUCCUUGUCUCCUCUGUCCGAUGGCAUCGGUAUCGGCCUCGACCUCAACUCCAUCAUCCGAACCUCGCCCACGUCGUUGGUGGCGUACAUCAUCGGUUCCCGCACUUCGCCGGCCUCACGCCCCACUCCUUCUCCUCUGCAGUCCGAUGUUUGUGGACACCUGCUGGGCAUCAGAGGCAGCUGCAUCCCUCAUCCCAACCCCGGCAAACACAUCUCCAAAGACAGGUCAAGUCAGAUGCUCUCUGAUGACACCGAGAGUUUGGAGGCGACGCCACACUGCAGAAUAGCACCUCCUGGUGACAGCGAUCGAGCCAAACACCAGCGAACACACGUCGACACAAAACCCUACGCUUGUCAGAUCCAGGGCUGCGCAAAACGCUACACAGACCCCAGCUCUCUGCGCAAACACCUCAAAUCACACUCCUUAAAGGAGCAACAAGCCCGGAAGAAGUUGAGACGCAGCACAGAUCUCAGUCAGGACGGACUCACUGAGUGUUUGACGGUUCACAGCCUCGCACCACUGGACCUGAUUGAGACCAAGCGCCAGUCGCCCACUAACGAUCUCUACACUGUGUUCACCCUGAACCAGACAAACGCCCUGCAGAUCCCAUCCGAUCCACAGACCCUUCAGAGCUACAUGCAGCUGCCGCCCGUACAGGGAAACAACAGGUUCAGGGUUCCUGUGUCGCAUCAGAUGUCUUCAGUGCCCCUGUCAUCUCACCAAAACACUCCCAAACUCCCCAGAUACUCCAGCCAUCCCAGGACAUCCCACCCUGACAGUUUCUCUGCCGAUGUCCAGACCGUGUUCUCAUAUGGUGACCCACUGCAGGCUGCCAAACACAUUCCUCCCUGUUCCAUGAUGCAGAUGCCCAUGUUUGAGGACAAUCUGGGCUCCUCAGACCUGCUGCACACAACUCUGUCAGCAGUGUUCGACUGCCAAACUGGACCGGAAGAGUUUCUGGGAGAGCAGGUGCCUUCGGUGCCUUCGGUGCAGGAGGAUAAUUACCUUCACAUCCGUAGCGUGGAGAGAAGCCCGAGCCGGAUCUCAUGUGUCUUUACUGAAGGGUGA